ACCCCAUUUUCCCAUAACGUCUGAGGCCUGUUUUCCCACUUGAUAGACCCUCUCUCUCUCUCUAUUCAAUCACUGUAGGUUUGGAUCCCGGUGCUCAUGUCGUCGAAACAUCGCGAAAAUCACAUCCGAAAAGGCCCAUUUCUCCGAAAUUCCCAUCAAUCCAACCGCUCUCUGAUCAUCUGAACCUCCCUCUCUCAUUCUCUUCUUGGCCCCAUCAUCAGAAUUCAAAUACGUUUAGGGGUCAAUGUUAUAAUUCCCAUUUGGGAUUCUUAAUUUUGAUAAUUAGGGCUUCCUUUUUGUGGCAUUUGAGGUGAUUUUGGAUGCGGUUUCUUCUCUGAUCUAGGGUUUCCGGGACUGGGUUCAGCGAAAAUGGCUGUAAGGGCUCCAGCUCCAGGCAUGGAGGUUUUCGAUGCUUAUUUUAGAAGGGCGGACUUGGAUCAAGAUGGGAGGAUCAGUGGAGCUGAGGCUGUUGGCUUCUUUCAGGGUUCCAAUUUGCCGAAACACAUACUAGCGCAGAUAUGGAUGCAUGCCGAUCAGAAUCGGAGUGGUUUCCUUGGCCGACCUGAGUUCUACAAUGCUUUGAGACUUGUAACUGUGGCACAAAGUGGGCGUGAGCUAACACCCGACAUCGUGAAGGCUGCAUUGUUUAGUCCGGCUGCCUCGAAAAUCCCUGCCCCUCAAAUAAAUUUCGUACCUGGGGCCCCCAUCCCUCAAGUGAACCCAGGGGCCCCACCUCAACCUCAAAUAAACUCCAUGGCACCAUCAGGCCCUCAAAAUGUUGGUUUCAGAGGACCUCAGGCAAUGCCAAACAUGGGUGCGACUCAACAAUUUGGUGCCGCUUCAAAUACUCAAUUCAUGAGGCCUUCAACUACACCUGUUGGUUCUUCACCUCCAAUGCCUGUAGCCAAUCCAGGGCUCCCUGGUGCUAGUGUAGCCGGGGCCCGCCCUCCAAACCCUAACAUGUCCACUGAAUGGCUAGGUGGAAGAAUAGGUGCAUCAUUGGUGGGGCCUGGCCCACCGGGCCCCACCAAAGCCAGCGUGGGUCUCACCUCGACCCAAGAUGGAUUUGGUCAAGCCCCAUCUUCUAGUACCACCACACUUCCGCCAAAACCUUCUAUGGCUAACGAUUCAAAAGGCUCAACAGUAACUGGAAAUGGGUUUGCUUCUGAUUCAAUUUUUGGUGGGGAUGUUUUCUCAGCGGUAUCAUCUCAACCAGUUUCAUCUCAACUAAAACAAGAUGGUUUUGUCAGUCCCACAUUUUCAGCUAGCAGUGCAGCUAGCUCAAAUGCCAUUGUCCCUGUUGAAUCCUCCACGUCUCAAUCUUCAGUUAAGCAGAGUCAAGUUGAUGCACUGCAAGGACCACUGGCUUUGCAACCGAGUGGUGGUGGGCUCCAGCGGGCCCCAUCCUUGCCCAAGCCAGGGGCCCCACUGGGUACCACACCUAGAGCCUCUACAUUGUCUACGACUGGUGUUUCAGCGGUGCCUGCCUCUGGUUUUUCUGUUGGGGCUAUGAGUUCUGCCCCUACAAACCAGUCUCAACUUCCAUGGCCAAGGAUUACUCAAUCUGAUAUCCAAAAGUACAAUGCUGUUUUUGUGGAGGUUGACACUGACAGAGAUGGGAAAAUCACAGGUGAACAGGCACGGAAUCUGUUCCUGAGUUGGAGGUUGCCUAGAGAGGUCUUGAAGCAGGUUUGGGACUUGUCUGACCAGGAUAAUGAUAGUAUGCUUUCGCUAAAAGAGUUCUGCACUGCCCUAUAUUUGAUGGAGAGGUACAGAGAAGGGCGCCCGCUUCCUGCAGUUCUUCCAAGCAGCAUUAAGUUUGAUGAAGCACUGUUACAUACUGCUGGUGGUCAACAACCUGCAGGCUUUGGCGGUGCUCCAUGGCGGCCUUCUCAGGGCCUGCCACCGCAAGCAAUGCCUGGAAUACGACCUGCAAUGCCAGUUCCUGGGGUAAGAGCAUCUAACCAAUUUCAAACCCCUCAACCUGAUGGAGUCGGUGCUACUCAGCCCGUGCAACAGAAGUCUAGGGUGCCAAUACUGGAGAAACAUCUUGUGAACCAGCUAAGUCGGGAGGAACAGAAUGCUCUCAAUUCUAAGUUCCAGGAAGCCACUGAAUCAGAAAAGAAGGUGGAAGCAUUGGAGAAAGAGAUAAUGGAUUCAAAAGAGAAGAUCGAGUUUUAUCGCACCAAGAUGCAAGAGCUUGUGCUAUACAGAAGCAGGUGUGAUAACAGACUAAACGAGAUUACUGAAAGGGCAUCUGCUGAUAAACGUGAGGUUGAAUCGCUUGGCAAGAAAUAUGAGGAGAAAUACAAGCAAGUUGGAGAAUUAUCAACUAAAUUAACUUCUGAGGAGGCUUCAUUCCGUGAUAUUCAGGAGAGGAAGAUGGAGCUGUAUAAUGCAAUUGUUAGCAUGGAAAAAGGUGGAACUGCAGAUGGAAUUCUUCAGGUUCGAGCUGAUCGAAUACAGACAGAUCUGGAGGAGCUAGUAAAAGGUUUGAAUCAACGGUGCAAGCAGUAUGGUUUACGCGUUAAGCCAACAGCAUUAGUGGAGCUUCCAUUUGGUUGGCAACCUGGGAUUCAAGAAGGGGCAGCUGAAUGGGAUGAUGACUGGGACAAGUUUGAAGAUGAAGGUUUUAUGGCUGUCCAAGAGUUCACAAAAGAAGGAGACGUCGUUUCAGGCACUAACAAAACUUUGCCUCCUCUUGUUUGGGAUGAGAAGAGAACGUUCGAUGAGGUGGCAUCUGUUGGGCCAACCACUAAUGGCGAUAGUAAGAUGGACUCACCUUUGAGUAUUAAUCAUCAGCGAGCCGUUGAAACCACGUCUUCCUAUGCACAUAGUGAUGAUGGAUCGAUAAAAAGUGCACCAGGGAGUCCUUUUGGUAGAAGUGGACUUGGAAGCCCAUCACAAGAACUUCCGGCUUCACAUUUUGGGAAGAGUUCCAGUGCUGAUACCUCAUCGGUUGCCAAAGAAAUUCAGAGUGACCAUGGUGGAGCUGCGUCCACUCACUCCGGUGACAAAUUUGAUGAACCUUCCUGGGGUGCAACCUUCACAGAUCCUAGUGAUGAUGUUGAUUCACUUUGGGGAUUUAAUGCCGGUACCUCUAAGGAUUCUGUACAAGACCACCAGAGGAAGGACCCAUUCUUUGAUGACAUGGGGCUGAACCCCAUCCGCACAGACUCCCUGCACGCCGACUCAUUGUUCGGGAAGAAGACUGCCUUUCCAUUUGGGGAUUCGGUUCCUGGGACCCCUCUCUUCAACUCAGGCAACUCUCCAAGAUUCAGUGAGGCCUCGGAUGACCAUGCAUUCAAUGCUUUUGCGAGGUUUGAUUCUUUCAACCCAGGUGGUGGUCGUGAAAGCCUUGCUCGAUUUGAUUCAAUAAGAAGCACCCGAGACUCUGAUCAAAGCCGAAGUGGGUUUAUGUCCUUUGAUGAUCAUGACCCUUUUGCAGCUACUGGGCCUUUUAAAUUUGACCCUCACACACCAAGAGGAGGUGCUUCUUCAGAUAAAUGGAGCUCAUUUUAAUCCAUUUUGCACUGAGAGGGUGGUAGCAUUUUUGUUUUCUUUAUCCACCACCUUACAUUUUUUUUCCUUCUCUUUUCAGUGUCGUCUUUUCUUUCUCUUGAGUUUGGGCUUAUAUGAUGAUUGAGUGGUGAGCAUGUGUGAUAUAUUUGUUAUGUGUAGGAGCAGAUGGUCUGCUGUGGUGACCACCACAUUGUAUUUGGUAGAGUUUGAGCUUUGGCGUGCCCAUUUUGUAUGACCAUUUUCCUUGUUCCUAUUAUUUUUUCAAUUCAUAUUUGAUUUGUACUGCU